UUGCGCGACUGGCGAAAACUGGCAGGAAAUCAUGCUAGCCUGUGAUGCAGAUAAGGAAUGCGAGUUGAGUGGGCCUAGUUGCGGCAGUUCUUUUACCUAUCUCUAUUUUGUCACCUUCAUCUUCUUCUCUUCUUUCUUGAUGCUGAACUUAUUUGUUGCCGUGAUCAUGGACAAUUUUGACUACUUGACACGUGAUUCAUCUAUCUUGGGGCCACAUCAUUUAGAUGAAUACGUUAGAGUUUGGGCCGAGUACGACCCUGCCGCAAAGUAA